AUGAGCUACUCCACUUGUCAUCACGUUUCGCCAGAGUGUCCCGUCUCCCUGACGACAUACGGGUACACUCCGAAUCUAGGCGGAAACAUCUUCUUCACAGCAUUCUUCGGUAUCCUCGGCGCUGCACAAGUAGGACUGGGCGUCUACUACCGAACAUGGACAUUCAUGAUUGCACUGGGCAUCGGCGCCUUAAUGGAGAUGGCAGGAUACAUCGGACGAGUGUUGAUGCAUUACAAUCCCUGGGAUGAAGGCGCAUUUAAACUGCAAAUCGUGUGUUUGGUUCUGGCGCCGACGUUCAUCGCUGCGGGCGUGUACCUUACCCUUAAGCAUAUUGUGCUGAAUCUGGGACCGGAGCAUUCGAUCCUGAAGCCACGGCUAUUCACUUGGAUCUUUAUCAGUUGUGAUAUUGGGUCUUUGAUUCUGCAAGCUGCUGGUGGAGGUGUUGCAGCGGCGGCGGGGAACGACAACCAGUUGUUGCUGAAGGCUGGUGAUGAUAUUAUUAUUGCUGGUAUCGCAUUCCAGGUGGUUACUAUGUCCGUGUGUGGGCUUUUCGCCCUUCAUUUCUUCUGGAACGUUGCAAAGAAGGGCAAUGGUCUGGCUGGGGAGAAGACUUUGGAUAGUAAUUUGGGCACCGCUGCUCCUGUCAUUUCUCCCAAUCAAAUGCGGUUAAUCAUCGCUGCUGAGGUCUUUGCUUACUUCACUGUCUUGAUCCGGUGUAUCUAUCGUAUCCCGGAGAUGGCUGGUGGUUGGGGCAGCGCCUUGAUGCAAAAGGAAAACGAGUUCUUGCUCUUGGAUGGAAUGAUGAUUGCUCUGGCCACAUUAACCUUCACUCUGGUCCAUCCAGGAGUGUACAUCCCCUCGAUGCGCACUAAGAGCAAAAAAUGA